GAAAGGCUGACAGCUUUUCCAGGGCUGAAACGUGCAUUCCUUGGGUUGAAGAUGGAGACACUGAGACCGCCGGACGGCUUGAAGCUCGUGGGUAAUGUGGACGGCAACUGGCGAUCUUUUAAGCAACAGUUCGAGCUGUAUCUUGCUGCUGUAGGAUUGGAAUCGAAGCCCGACGCCAGGAAGAUUGCUUUGCUACUUACCGUGGCGGGUCCUCAGGUCUUCAACACAUUCGAGUUCGACAGGCCGGGUGAUAAACAAGUGUAUGAAAAGGUGAUGGAAAAGUUUGAUGCGCAUUGUUCACCGCAGAAGAGCACCGUCUAUGAGAGGUAUGUGUUCCGGUCGCGUGUGCAACACCCGGAGGAAGCUUUUGAUGUCUUUGUCACAGACUUGAGGCUGAAAGCACAGUUUUGUGAAUUUGGACAGUUAAAAGACUCAAUGAUCCGUGAUCAGAUAGUGUAUGGAGUUAAUGACAAACGGAUGAGAGAGAGGCUGCUGAGGGAGGCGAAGCUGACUUUGGAGGACGCCGAGAGGAUGUGCCAGGCUACCGAGUUAGCUCAGCAGCAUGCUAAGACGCUCAAUGACUCAAGUGUGGCUAACGAAAAUGCUACAGUUGCUGUGGUCAAGAAUAAGACACAGAGACAUGUGGCUCAGAAUAAGAACUCUGAUGAUGUCUUGUAUUACUGCAGAAGAUGUGGUGGUAAACAUAAACCUAGACAAUGUCCUGCUUAUGGGAAGAAGUGUGUGAAGUGUAAUGGAAAAAAUCAUUUUGCAAAACAGUGUCGAUCAAAGGGCAAAACCAAAUCUGUAAGGUUGGUUGAUGAACCUGACCUUUGUGAAACUUUCUUUGUGGGUAUGGUGUCAUGUGAGGAUGCAGAUACUCAUAAAAAAGAAAAUGAUAUGCAUUUAGACAAUGAGGAUUCAUGGAUUGUCUCUCUCCCUGUGAAUGGAGCGUUGGUUGCACUGAGAAUUGAUACGGGGGCACAAGCUAAUUUAAUUAGCAUGACAGAUGUAUAUUCAAUGAAGGAAAAGCCCAAAAUAUUUGAUAAAAGAGUGUAUUGAUGUAGAUUUUAAGAAUGGGUUCAUUUGGUUAUAAGGGGGGAUGUUGUGAUAUGUGAUGAUGUAUUGUGUGAAUGUGUU